AUUGGUCUAGACUAGACUAGAGAGAGAGAGAGAGUGUACGUCCGGGCACGUUAUUGUUGCAUCAGAAAUUGCAGACUGUGGACAUGUCAAGCUCGGGAGAGUUCGCCUUUGAUUAUGGCUUCUUGCUGCACACAAGUGAGGAGGCCACAGCCACCGUGGCUCUGAAUGAGUACCUGAGCUCCCGCAGCUACCUGGCUGGGUUCAGCCCCUCUCGGGUGGACCAGGAGGUCUUUGAGCUCCUGCACAGGCCCCCGGCCCCGCAGCACGUGCACGCUCUGCGCUGGUACAGGCACAUAGCAGCCCUGCAGCGGGAGACCCCCGGCCCAGAUAGCAGCAUAAAGGGAAAGAGGGUCCAGCACCCCUGGUCUGCCCCAGCCGGGUCCAACCUGCCAAAGCUGCGACUCUACAACAGCCUCACACGCACCAAGACUGUUAUUAUUGUGUUUGUUCCCCAGAAUGGAAACAAGGUGUCGUGGUACUGCUGCGGACCCACUGUCUAUGAUGCCUCUCACAUGGGACAUGCCAGAUCUUACAUAUCUUUUGAUAUCCUCCGACGGAUUCUGAUGAACUAUUUCAAAUAUGACGUGUUCUACUGCAUGAACAUUACUGACAUAGAUGACAAGAUCAUCAGGCGGGCCAGACAGAAGUACCUUCUGGAACAGUACAGAGAGAAGAAGCCAGCGGCUGCCCAGGUACUGCAGGAUGUCCUUAGUGCCAGAGGGCCCUUCCAGGCCAAGCUGGCCGAGACCACAGACCCAGACAAGAAACAGAUGCUGGAGAGGCUGGACUCUGCCGUCGCUGCUGCUCUGGGACCCCUGCAGGGGGCGGUGGAGAGCAAGGCUGGGGAGGCUGACAUACAACGCCUGGCUCAGGUGUUACUGGAGAAGGCCAAAGACCUGCUGUCUGAUUGGUUGGAUGCUCAAUUUGGCAGUCAGGUGACCGAGAACUCCAUCUUCUCUCUUCUUCCAAAGUUCUGGGAAGGGGAGUACCACAACGACAUGGACGCCUUGAAUGUCCUUCCCCCAGACGUACUCACCCGCGUCAGCGAGUACUGCCCAGAGAUCGUGGACUUUGUGAAGAAGAUCCUAGACAAUGGCUUCGGGUACGAAUCCAACGGUUCAGUUUAUUUUGACACAGCCAAGUUUGCCACCAGCCAGAAGCACGCGUACGGCAAGCUGGUACCUGAGGCGGUCGGUGACAUGAAAGCUCUGCAGGAGGGAGAGGGAGAUCUGAGUGUCUCAGCAGACCAGCUCAGUGAGAAGAGGUCGCAGAAUGACUUUGCCCUGUGGAAGGCCUCUAAGCCGGGGGAGCCGUCCUGGGACUCACCCUGGGGAAAGGGUCGGCCUGGCUGGCAUAUCGAAUGUUCCGCUAUGGCUGGUUCCAUCUUGGGAGAGUCCAUGGACAUCCACGGGGGAGGGUUUGACCUCCGAUUCCCCCAUCACGAUAACGAGUUGGCUCAGUCCGAGGCUUACUUUGAGAACGACCACUGGGUUCGCUACUUCCUGCACACUGGUCACCUGACCAUCGCAGGCUGCAAGAUGUCCAAAUCUCUCAAGAACUUCAUCACCAUCAAGGAUGCCCUGGCGAAGAACACAGCUCGGCAGCUCCGUCUAGCCUUCCUGAUGCAUUCCUGGAAGGACACCCUGGAUUACUCCUCCAACACCAUGGAGUCGGCUGUCCACUACGAGAAAUUCCUGAAUGAGUUUUUCCUCAACGUCAAAGACAUUCUCCGAGCUCCCUGUGACGUCACCGGACAGUUUGAGAAAUGGGAGGCAGCAGAGAUGGAGCUCAACGAGAGUUUCUAUGAGAGGAAGGCAGCAGUCCACGCGGCGCUGUGUGACAACGUGGACACGCGCAGCACCAUGGAGGAGAUGAGGGCGCUGGUAACCCAGAGCAACACCUACAUAGCCAGUAGGAAGAGCUCCAAGCUGCAGCCCAACCGCAUGCUGAUGAAGAGCAUCGCUCUCUACCUGACUGACAUGCUCAAGACCUUUGGGGCCAUUGAAGGGACCGAGCCUAUUGGAUUCCCAGUGGGAGGAGAUGGUCACCAUGUGGAUGUAAACCACGAUAUGCCCUAUCUGAAGGUGCUGUCAGACUUCAGAGAAUCUGUACCCAGAGAACAGAAUGUGACAGAGGUUCUACAGCUGUGUGACGUGGUCCGUAAUGACACCUUACCUGAGCUGGGGGUGCGUCUAGAAGACCAUGAAGGCCUUCCCACUGUGGUGAAGCUGGUGGACAAAGAGACCCUGCUGAGGGAGAGGAAUGAAAAAAAGAUGGAGGACGAGAAGAAGAACAAGAAGGAGGAGGCUGCCAAGAAGAAGCAGGAGCAGGAGUUGGCCAAACUGGCGAAGAUGAAAAUCUCCCCGUGCGAUAUGUUCCGCUCUGAAACCGACAAGUAUUCCAGCUUUGACGAGACGGGUUUCCCCACGCAUGACGUGGAGGGGAAGGAUCUCAGUAAGGGACAGACCAAGAAGCUGCGGAAACUCCACGAGGCCCAGGAGAAACUGCACCAAGAGUAUCUCCAGACCAAUCAAAAUGGCUGCUGAGAGUCCUGGGCCUCGUUCAGUUGUCAAACGUUCUCGAAUGUCACAGAUGGUUACGCCACUAUUGUAGUCGACAUGAUUCCUGAAUCUACACGUCAGAGAGAAGCAUGUUUGUUUUACAUGGCAUAUUUCUAUCUGAACGUUCCCGAACCGUUGCGUCCUGCUGAACACGCCCCCUGGAGGACGCUGCUCCGCCCCCUCCCGCGCUCCGCCCAUAGCAAUAGUUCUGUCCUCAUUUGUCGUUAUUCAGUUCCUCCAAUCAUUUUCUUUUUUUGCUAAAUCAACAAUUCCCUGCAUAUUAUGUGAGUGGUUGCAAAUUUGACCAAUCACCGCACUCCGAAUAAAGCAGUCCAAUCGUCGCAAUAUUAUCGCAUAAAAUGUACCCAUCACCACAGCACAAAGAGAGAGCUUGCAAUUUCAACCAAUCACCUCACAUUUACCGUGUAAUAUAGUUCAUUCAAGCCACACGACAAAACUUUUCCCUCAUCAGUGUAUUUUCCAGACCAAUUGUACAAAAUCAUCGUAUAUCGCCAUGCAGAAUCAUCGUAUAUCGCCAUGCAGAAUUGCAGUAGCAAAAUACAGCUUUUUUUUUUCUCUCAGAAAAUUACACAAAAAAAAUCACUGUGAGUUCCUGGAGGGCCUGACUAUUGGUGAUGCUGAGGCCAGAGACCCUGGGUGUGUUUCAAUAGUCUAAAGAAUGAUCUCCUCGUCUCCUCUUAUCCUGAGUUGACAAGUCAGUACGGUGGAGGGUUAUUUUCCUUCUCCUCUCCACCUCUUUUACAUUAGAGCAGGUGAAAGGUGAGGAGAUGAAACCGCAUUCGACUAUUGAGAUGCAUCCACCCUCCCAGUGUUUAAGACCUUGAGACACAACCUGGGCUCCUCUGCACUGCACUCCAUGGGGUCACUUUAAAGGGUUGGUUCAAUCAAAAUCAGUAAUUAAUACAUUUUUUUGUUUUGUUUUUGUGAUUGACUGCAACUACAGUUCAGAUUCAGUUCCUUUCCUACAGCUUCCACCGGCCAGGUUGGUAUUGAUAACCUCAGUUUCACUUGUUUUAGCUUUAACUAAAUUGCGUGCCAAAAUGAACUCUGCGUAAAACCACGCCUGGGGGUGGUCGAUAGCGACACUAAAGUGUGUCUGUGGUUGCUUUAGCAAAGUAAUAAUAACCUACUAUUUGUAGUUGUAGACUCCCUGGCCCGACGACAACCUGCAAGCUGAAGAAAUGAUGACAUUCAAGUGAACUAUCCCUGUAGACAACAGUUUGUCUGUUGAAAGGGAAAAUGAGUCCUCUGAAACCCUUUGUUGGCCCAGGCUUCCAUGUACUGUAGAUAGUUUUCGCUCUCCACUGCAAACUGCUAUUCAGUGCUGUUAUUGGUUGGCAGCGUGUCCUUCAGCCGUCCAUUGAGGUUUCAUUUCCCUCUCCACCAUGACUGCAUAUCAUUCCUUUUUUAAAUUCUGAUAUUAUGACAGAGAGGCCGGUGAGGUUGAUACACAGUGAAGUUGAAUUAAUGCACGAUUGCAAUGCAGAGAUGAUCACAGAAACAUUUGUUCCAGAGGCUUCCUUGGGGGUUUUGGUCUUUUACAUGACAAAAUAACAUGCUUUGAGCAGGUGUUAGGCAUGUUACAACGAUAGCAGAGGGAUGAGACAUCUUUUAUAGAAAUAUGGAAUUUGUGAGACCUUGAAAUAAACAUAAAAAAUAAAAAUAAAAGCUUUUUCACCAAACAUUA